GGAAUUUUGGGAUGAUGCAAGCCUGUCUGCUCUCAUUGUUUUUUUUCUCAUCUUUCAUCGGUAGGUGGUUUCUCUUGAUGCCGUUCAACUAGGUUAUUCAGCUAACAACUUCGUAGUACUAGUACUAGAGUCGCCAUGCCGCAUUCCUCCGAGUCGGACGCGAUCGCCUCGCCGUCCCAAUCCUCUUCGCUCGGCGUACAGCCGUGGUCCAAAGAGGUGAGUCCCGCUCAGCCCGGUAGUCCCGUGGAGUGCAUGCGUGCGCUCCUACUCUUCUCGCGAACAGCUCUUCCUUUCUCUAAGAUUCGCUGGAUUUUUGCAGGAUCGGACUCGUCUUGAGAUACCUCGAGAACUAGCGCCGAGGAGUUCCACAAGACACACCUAACCACGCGCUCCGUGUGUAGGCUCUUAUGCCGUACUCCGUGUGCCAUCUCAUCCAAUGUUCAUGGCGGAAGUACGCCGCCGUUGUGUUGCGCCAUGCGCGGGGCUGAGCGCCUUUGCGUCAUCUCAAUGUUGAUAUAUCUGUGGUGUUGAGUCUCAUCCUCCUCCCCACUCACUCACCCGCACACGGCAGGAGGACGCGGUUCUGCUACGCCAUGCGCUGCAUUGCGGCACGAGGCAGUGGGGAGAGUUGGGGAGGAGCGGUCAGCUGAAGAGAAACAACAAGUCGUGCUGUAACCGCUACAUCUUCCUCAGAAGAAAGUUCGUCCAGCGCUUUCAGCAGAAUCUCCUGAGAGAGUACCUUGGAGGCGCUGCAUUCCCUCAGCGCCACCAGCAGCACCACCACCACCAUCAGCAGCGACAGCAGGAUGGCGCACCUGGGUCGACGUCGCCCGCUCUUACCUUUGGGGGGCUGUCGUUUGAUGAGUGCAGGAGCGUCUUCCUCUCACCCAAUGCCCGCCGCCCUACAGCCCAGGCGAGCCUCGCAGCUGCCUUCAGCGCUGCCGCUGCCUCCCAUGCCGCUGCUCUCUCAACAGCCCAUGCCAACCCCUCAUCUGCCGUCGUCCUUGGUACUGCUCCCUCACAUGGUGCUCCUUCCCGCGCAGCUGCUUUCUCCACUGCUGCUGCUGAUCCAAUUGUCGCCACAUGCGCUGCUGCUGCUUCUGUCUCCAGUGCUGGGUUAUUCAAUGCCGCUUUCCCCAAUAAGGCUGCCGCUGCUGUCUCCAGUGCUGCUGCCCCCAACCUGCCCAUGAAGCGAGCACGGGAGGACUGGGCCGGGCUUAUGGUUGACCAAUCCCUGUCGGAUCUGGCUGGGAGUGGGUGGGCCCGCCGCACGCUGCGCCACUCGCAGUCCUUAAAAGACAAUUUCCGGCAGCAGGGUUGGGAGAGCAGCAGCAUGCAGGCAGCGCUGUGGGCUCGCGUGGGGUCGGAGAGUGCGCUUCCAGACGAUGUGCUGUUGGGAUCCAGCUGCGAGGACCCUCACUUCAACGUUUCACAUGCACCACUGCCAGUGCCACUGCCAGCCCCUCUCUCCGCCCAACCACAGGCACUACUGUCAGCGCCUCUGCCCACCCAACUUGCUGCUCGGACCGAUUCUGUUACCGAGAGAAUAAGCAGCUUCUUUGGACGGCCGCUCUCCUUAGAAAAUGAUUCUGCGGCACAGGACCUGGUCCUGCCCAUGGGCGCGUGCAGGCCAGCGCAAGAAGCCUACCCUCUCUUUCUCAACGCCCCAAUGCCUCACCCGAGCCGGCCUGCGCCUGCCUCCCGCCUGCCCUUGGCGACUGAGCCUCAGGGACGGGCGCUGGCAGCCUGCCUUCCCAAGCCAGCACUGCUAAAGUCGGCUCUGGAACAAGGGGGGGCGGGGGAGGGGGUUGCUCAAGUGCAGCCGUAUAUGCACACGCUGGGGCAAGGAGUGGGUGUGGAAGGAACCACUCCUCCACAGAAACGCCACCAGCAGCUGAAUGGUCGACAGUUUCUGCAGCAGGGGCUCAACCCCUCUUUCUCAUCACACCAGCCGCUGCCAGAGCCGCUGCUAGAGCCACUGACACAACCACCACCAGAGCCACUGCCUUUAGAACAGUCAUUGGCUCUGGCACCGUCACAGGCGCUUCUCCUGUCUGCUCUUUCCCAACAGCCACUGGCCCUUGACACAACCACUAACCCUCCAGGUGCAGGGUGCAUGCCCUCGGUCCUUAGCGGCUCACACAUUCAUCCUCCCACACGACCAGGCCGGGCCCUGCUCCAGAUGCCAUAUAUCCCUUCAGCAUCUCGCGUGCCUUUUGCUCCGUCGCACUUACAGCCACGCCUUCCCCUGCCACAGGAGCCCCUCAUCCCUUCACCAGCACUCACAAACCAGGCGCCUGUUCCUUGGCCUGGCAUGACCGAUGCUCUGGGAGAUGAUGGGGCUUUGUUGCAUGCCAUGGCUGAUCCUGGCCUUGACCCAAAUGUGUGCGCCUCGACUCAUUUGAUUGAGCUGGGAGGAGCAACUGACGUGAAGCCCGAGACUGGUACCUGGGAUGGGAGCAUGACUGUCAGCAACUCGUGGCAUGAAGCCUCUGGCUUUCCAGAUACAGCCAUGUGCCCUCCUGGGAUGCCACCAUCUGCGCAUAUACUACAGAUACAUCGGGGUUUUAAUGACCAAGCGAUUGAUGUCAUUAGCUAUACGAAUGGAAUAUUGCCUUACUUGUCAUACCAAAGCUGAGGUAAUUAGCAUUCAGAUAUGUAAUGCGUCCUUAUUGUGUGCGUUUUUCUAUUUUAAUCGA